UUUUAUCUCUGUAGAAAAAAAAAGAGUGUGGAGCCCAAAACUGUUCCUCUGCUUUGCUGGCUUCAAGCUCGCCAUUGUUGGUUUUUAAUGGGGUUUGUCUGAUGAGAGAGGCCAGAGCUUACUUGCCCCAAUCAAACAUACAAUAAUUUUAACAGCAGUAGUAAUAACCUAUCUCUCUCUCUCUCUGUCCAUCUCUCUUCUUUUCAUCUCUCUAGCUUUUUUUUUUUNAGCUUUUUUUUUUUGUUUCACUCGCUUUCUCUUUAUAUAUUGUUAUAUUGCGAUUUUUCCAUUUCCUCAUUUUUUUCGUCUCACAUCACCUCAUCGAAAUCUACAUCAUCGUCUCGUUCAACCCGUUCCUCUCAGGAAGAAAAAUAAUUACAUCCAGAUUUGAUUUGUUUCACCCUUUUCGAAUUAUUCUUUCCAUUUACUGGAUCCAUAGAUCUAAAUCCUUCACCUUUAGAUCUCCGUUUUUCGCAAUCAGCUCCGGAGGAGGAUUGUAUUUACUCAGUAUAAAGUCAAGUCCUAUCUGCAGAAAAGGUUGAAUCGCGAGCUCACUAGAUGUGGAUAGUUUGGAGGGUCUUUUGGAUGAGAUGAGGGAUGUUAUCUGGGUUAAUGAACUUUUUGAGGGCCUGUUUUCGGCCAAGGGCAGACCGAUAUGUUCACACGGGUUCGGAUGCCAGUGGCCGUCAAGACGGGCUUCUUUGGUAUAAGGACUAUGGACAACAUUUUAGCGGAGAAUUUUCCAUGGCUGUUGUUCAAGCGAACAAUUUACUUGAGGAUCAAAGCCAACUAGAAUCUGGUUGCCUGAGCAUAAAUGAUUCUGGGCCAUAUGGCACUUUUGUGGGGAUUUAUGAUGGGCAUGGUGGUCCUGAGACCUCACGGUUUAUCAACGAACAUCUAUUUCAACAUCUAAAAAGGUUCACUGCAGAACAUCAAUCUAUGUCAGCAGAGGUCAUCAGGAAGGCUUUCCAAGCUACAGAAGAUGGCUUUUUCUCUGUUGUGAGCAGACAAUGGCCUAUGAAACCACAAAUUGCAGCAGUUGGAUCUUGCUGCCUUGUAGGGAUUAUCUGCAGUGGGAUCCUCUAUGUCGCGAACCUUGGUGAUUCACGUGCUGUUUUGGGGAGACUUGUUAAAGCGACUGGGGAAGUGCUCGCUAUUCAGCUCUCGGCCGAGCAUAAUGCGAGCAUUGAAUCUGUGAGACAGGAGCUGCAGUCUAUGCACCCCGAUGACCCGCAUAUUGUAGUUCUAAAGCAUAAUGUAUGGCGUGUGAAGGGACUUAUACAGAUCUCGAGAUCAAUUGGAGACGUGUACCUUAAAAAGGCUGAAUUCAACAGGGAACCAUUAUAUCAGAAAUUCCGACUUCGCGAACCUUUCAAAAGACCAAUUUUGAGCGCAGAACCAGCGAUAUUGGAGCACCAAUUGCUGCCUCACGAUCAGUUCAUCAUAUUUGCAUCAGAUGGUCUCUGGGAGCAUCUUACCAACCAAGAAGCAGUUGAUCUCGUCCAAAACAAUCCACGCAAUGGGAGCGCAAGGAGAUUGGUAAAAGCCGCUUUACAAGAAGCAGCAAAGAAGAGGGAGAUGAGGUAUUCGGACCUGAAGAAGAUCGAUCGUGGGGUCCGCCGGCAUUUCCACGAUGACAUCACAGUUGUGGUGGUUUUUUUCGACCCGCACCUUGUAAGCAGAGCAAGUUCUGUGAAGAGCCCUACGGUUUCAGUCAAGGGAGGUGGGGUUACCCUACCUCUCAACUCUCUUGCACCCACUGAACCUGUUGCCACCUGAUAUAAAUGGCCUUUUUAAUUUUUACUUGCCUGUACUAUUUUCGUCAUGUGAAUACAGGAUUUAUUGAAGAAAAGAUUAAAAAAAAAAAAACACAAAAAGAGCAGGCCAGAAGUUCUUGAAUUCUUUUAAUGUACACCUUGUAACUCGUUUUUUAUUUCUUUUUCUUCGUUUAACUGAAGUCUAAUACUUGGCAUAGUUCGAUAAUUGGAAAAAAGGAAGGGCUCAAAAAUGGGUGGCGGACUUGUGAAGCUAUGAAGAUUACUGAGGCUGCCUUGUAGUUGUGGGUGAAUGGAAGAAAUACUUCACGUUUUUA